AUGCCAGACCAGCGCCGCCCCUACCGCUCCCACAAGGUGCCUGCCUGUGACCGAUGCCGCCGAUUCAAGCGGCGAUGCACCGGAGGAACACCAGAUCGGCCUUGCGUGCUGUGCAACCUACAGGAGGUGCCUUGUCUCAUCUCGGCCAGCCCCAAGGCUCAGGCCAGUACACGUCGCUCAUAUAGGCGUGAACAGCGACGGGUUCUGCCCAAGCCGGCUCCAUCUAAUGUCAAUGUGGCAGUCAAUGCAGCGCCCUCGCCCGCCGACGCAGACGCCGGACAGGAUGAGAGGGUCGGGACCGAUUACCACGGCUCGCCGACCCAGGAUCGCUCUAAAGUUGAGCUGUCGAUGGUUGCGAGCCCGGUCAUAUCGGAGGAUAUCCAGAUUCUGGAGCGUUAUAUGUCUUCGAAGGCUAGUAGUUCCAUGCCCGUCUCCGUCGACGGAAGCCUCUCUUAUGCGGGGGCCGCCAGUCCAAUGGUGUAUAUGAAAGUUCCCCGACGGAGAGAGGGCCUUGCCAUGUCGGAGAAUCCGGGUAAGCAGCAGAAAGAGAUACUACGGCAGAUUCUUAAGCCAUAUGCGGAUGAGCUGGUCAGACUGUAUUUUGAUGAGAUCCACCCUGCAUUUCCUAUGCUUGACCGCCAAUCAUUCUUGGAGUUGUAUAGAAGCGGAGACAAGCUCUCCCCGGCGCUCACUUGCGAAUUCUUUGCUUUGUCGCUUAUUUUAUGGCAACAUUCGCUGACGCUCAGGCAAUUCCCGAAGCCGGACUCGCGAUUUGUCUGGAACUUGGCUGUGGAAGCCUUGCAGCAGGACUUCCUAGCGCCUGGCCUGUCCACCGUCUUCGCCGUGGUCCUGGACAUGAUGGGCCGGCCCGUCUAUUCCGUACUUGGGAAUACCAUCAAUAACGGCAGAGCCGUUACGCUGGCGCAGACAUUAGGGUUGAAUCGCGAUCCGACAAAAUGGAAGAGACCCGCUAGUGAAAAGGCAUUGCGCAUUCGGCUAUGGUGGGCUGUUCUGAUUCACGAUCGCUGGUCUAGUUUUGCUCAUGGCAUACCGCCAAUAAUCACCAAGGGCCAACACGACGUGCCCGUCCCUCUUCCGUUAGAUAUCCUCUCGGAUGCAGACCAAUCUGAGAAGCACGCCUGGGCAGCUGAAUGUUUCAUUCGUCUCUGCACCCUUACCAACAUCCUUGGCGAAGUUCUUCCCCUCACAUAUCAUCUGGACGUGGACCAGAAACAGAUCUGGAGACAGAUCCGCCGACUGGAACUCGAGCUUUGCGAUUGGGAGGAUAACUUGCCCAGCUAUCUUCAACCCAACAGUGACGAUCAUUUGAGAGCGUCAGGGUCGAGUAGUUUACGGCUCGGUUAUCUUUCUGUUCGACUUUUACUGAAUCGCAUUGCUUUACAUGCAGCAACCCUUUCCUCCGAAAUCGACCGCUCAGAAAGCACGCGCUACCACCUGUCCCAGUUACGUCGAUCAGCGCACGACAUCGUUGAAUACGUAUGCUCCUUGACGAAAGCCCAACUGCAAGAAUUCUGGCUACCCUAUACCGCACACCAUCUCAUCCUAACCGUCAUCAUCCUCCUGCGCUGCACGGUCGAAUCCACCGAUAAGACCAUCAUAAGCGCCUGUAAAUCGAGCCUUUCCCGCCUCUGGACGAAACUUCACGAGGCCGCCGAACGCGACGGCUGGGAUCUCGCCAGUAUCUGCAUCGGCCAGUGCGGGGAAUCGGUCUCCAAGAUUCUGAACAAUGCGUUCGAGACGCGGGGCGUUCAGAAAGAACAGCCUGUCGAGCCACAUUCUUUGGAAGAUGUGGAGGGUCUGUCGUCGGUGGAUCCAUCGGGGCUAGGGAUGAAUGGGAAUGGAAUUCCUACGGAUCUACUGCCGGACAUUCUACCCUUCUCAAAUCCGGAUCUCUCGUUUGAUCAGUGGGAUACGGCAUCCCUAGACUUCAUGUGGCGUCCUCUCAAAUCCCUUGCCAUCACCAUCAUGGCAAUGGCAGCCUCCAGCCUGGCUCGUCCGCUCAAGGACACCCCCUACACCAACCCCAUCCUCGGUGGCUGGCACUCCGACCCGUCGUGCAUCUACGUCGCCGACCACGACACCACCUUCUGCGUGACCUCCACCUUCAUCGCCUUCCCCGGUCUCCCCGUCUACGCGACCAAAGACCUCCAGAACUGGAAACACAUCAGCAACGCAUUCAACCGCGCCAGUCAGAUCCCCAGUCUUGCGGAGACCACCGACCAGCAGGGUGGGAUCUAUGCGCCGACGCUACGCUAUCACAACGGCAAAUUCUACCUCAUUGUCUCGUUCCUCGGACCGCAGGUCAAAGGCCUCGUCUUCAGCACUGACGACCCCUUCCGCGACGACGCCUGGUCCCAACCCCUCGAGUUCUCUGUCCGAGGUAUCGACCCGGACAUCUUCUGGGACGAUGACGGUACUGUGUACGUUACUUCCGCUGAUAACAAUCGCAUCCAAUCGUACAGCCUCGAUCUUGACACCGGGGCCACCGGUCCGGUUUCAUACCUCUGGAACGGCACCGGUGGCGUCUACCCCGAAGGGCCGCAUCUGUACCGCAAAGACGGUUACUACUAUCUGAUGAUCGCCGAGGGAGGCACCGAACUCGGCCACAGGGAGACCAUGGCCCGCUCGAAACACCGCACGGGGCCCUGGGAGCCCUGUCCGGCCAACCCGCUGCUCACUAACAAGGACACCACCCAGUACUUCCAGACCGUCGGCCACGCGGACCUCUUCCAAGACGGCCACGGGAACUGGUGGGCCGUGGCGCUGAGCACGCGGUCCGGCCCCGAGUGGCUGAACUAUCCCAUGGGGCGCGAGACGGUGCUGGUCCCUGCGACGUGGGAGAAGGGCCAGUGGCCCGUCAUCCAGCCGGUGAGGGGGCAAAUGCGUGGGCCAUUGCCUCGAUCGGACCGCGCCAGUCUCAAGGGGAAAGGGAUAGCCGGGGGAACGUUCGCAGGGGACCCGGAUCAGGUAGAUUUCGUGCCUGGAUCACCUCUCCCACCGCAUUUCCUCUACUGGCGGUUCCCCAAGGAGGACGUCUUCACCGUCUCGCCGCAUGGUCAUCCCAACUCUCUGCGUAUCAAACCUUCCUUCCAUAAUAUCACCGACACGCUCUUCACGUAUGGCGUCGACGUCUCUUUCUCGCCGCGCACGAAAGACGAAGAAGCCGGCGUGACACUCUUCCUGACACAAGACCAACAUGUUGAUCUGGGGAUCGUACUCCUCAAGACAGACAAGGGAGAGGACUCUUUAUCGUUCCGCUUCCGACCCACCGGCCGCGGGAACUUUGACGGUCCCUUGUCGACGGAACUCGUGCCUGUUCCUGGAGACUGGAAAGGUGGACGGAUUAGGUUGGAGAUCCAAACUGUGAGUGAUACUCAGUAUACAUUCUCCGCGGCGCCGGUGGGGUCACACGCGAAGAAGAAGGUCAUCGGACAGGUGGAUUCGUUGGUGGUGAGUGGUGAUACGGGGAGGUUUACUGGUACUCUGGUCGGCGCGUAUGCCACGAGUAAUGGAGGUGAAGGGUCGACGGACGCGUAUUUCAGUAAAUGGAGGUAUAAGGGACAGGGGCAGAAGAUUGAUCAUGAUGUUAUUGUGCCUUCACAGGAUUGA